UGAACACAGCAUCUGGCGUUACAUCAGGCACCAAGGACAUUGGACUGUGACAAUUCACCAUGGCUUACUGCCUGCCAAGAAAGAACACAGUGAAAACCAUCUUUCGGGGCAGUUGUUAUAAAGUACAGGAACCUUGGGAUCUUGCACUGCUUACAAAGAAUUGGUGUACUAAUUUAGCCAACAUCAGAUUGCCUUUCUUGGAAGAGAUUACAUUUGGUGGUACUGUGCAACUUGCAAAAUGUAAAACUGCUAAGAAUGGUCUGCUUCCUUCAGCAGAAUCCAUCAAACUUGAAAGGGAGUAUGAAAUGAAGCGCCUAACUAAACUUAAAUGCCAAGAAAAUGUAUACAAGGAAAUUCAGUCUUCUCUAAGGGAAGGGAAAGCUGGUUUGAGAAGACCUCUGCAGCCCAAGUGACAGUUACCUCAUCGAGUCUGUGCUGUUUCCUGCAUCCACAGUGGGUAAAGGGCUCCCCGCAACUCUUUGUAUAAAGUUCAGACACAGGAAUGCAUACUGGUAGACGAGCCAGUGCCUAGACGUGGAUGAGUGGACAGCUCCGACCAACAGGCCUCCUGGGUCCCUGUCACACUUUUCCUUUGUAUCACAAGUAGCACACUGUAAGUAGACAGAAGUGCACCUGAAGUUGAGUCACUUGUGUGUUCAUUUUAAUUUUUGUGAUACUGCACUAAAGAAAGAGGCAGCUUCUUCUCAGAAGCAUUAUUUUGAAGAAACAUUUUGAAUUUGCAUCUGGAGGUCCCAUGGAGGUACUGAAAAGAAGGCAAAGAGAAAU